CCCUAUACGAAAUACGCAAUAUACGGCGGCAGACUGUCUAUAUAAAAAGGCCGCGGCAUUUGCCUUGGUCCCCUGACCCCACACAACCCGCCGAAUACGCAAAUACGACAAGCGGUCCGCUCGGAUUCCCCGAACAACAGUAUCCGGGCCGUUACGCCUUUGCCUACACGCACCCACAGAAUGGCCUCUUGAGGAGAAACGGCUGCUUGCGUUCCAGCGGUCAAGCCAUGUGGAUAUGGCUGUCAAGGCUCGAACUAUAAAUGGCAUGGAUGUCCCCUGACCGUUACCGACGAGAACUUUAAAUCCAGAGCCCAACAACCACCAUGUCCAUCGACCUCACUGGGAAAACCUGCCUCGUCACCGGUGGCGCCGGUGGCCUAGGCAAAGCUAUUGCUACCCGGUUCUACUCCGCCGGAGCCAACGUGGUCGUCUGCGACAUCAACGAGGAGCGACUCCAUCAGACGUCGCUGGAUCUUGCCGGACCCAGCGGCGAUGCAAGACUCAAGGUCAUCAAGACAGACAUCACCUCUGCGACAGAGGUGCAAGCCCUUUUCGACGAAAUCGUCGCGAAAUUCCAAAAGCUCGAUAUUCUCAUCAACAAUGCCGGAAUCAUGGAUCAAUUCGAUGCUGUCGGUGAUCUGGAUGAGAAGCUGUGGGACAAGGUCAUGGCUGUGAAUUUGACUGCGCCUUUCCUGUUAAGCAAGCUGGCCGUUCGGAAUAUGCUUGCUCAGAAUGUGGUCAAUGGAAGUAUCGUCAACAUCGUCUCCAUUGCUGGGAAGGCAGGAUUUAUGGCGGGUGCCGCGUAUACCGCUAGCAAGCACGGCCUUGUUGGCUUGACCAAGAACACGGCUUCGUACUACGGCAACAAGGGAAUCCGAUGCAAUGCGUUGAUGAUGGGUGGCAUGGAGACGAACAUCACAGACGCGUUCAUGUCCAACAUCAACCUGGAAGGGAAGGACAAGGCUGUUGCUCUCAUGACUGCUGCUGCAGCACCGAUGUGCGACAUCAACCGCGUUGCUGAGCUGUGUCUGUCUAUCUCCUGUGGUCCUGGUGCAGAGAUCAUCAACGGGACAUGUAUCCCGAUUGAUCACGGAAUGUCGGGAGUGUUGGGUUGAGCUCAUUCAUUUAUCAUUCCGACUGUAUAUCUUCACUUCAAUGUAAAUACUUCACGCAUUUCACCUACUUCCACUAUCCCCUCCAC